UUUGAUGAUUUAAGCAUUUGAUUACAAAUGGAGUGUGCCUUUAAUAAUCUGCGUGUAAUAAUUUUGAACAUCUCAAAAAGUUAUUAAAAUUUAGUGCUCUAUUCUUGAGUUUCGUUGUUCGCAUCACCCUCGCAGCGUUCAAUUCAUCGUGUAGUUGAAGCUUCUUGCUCUCAACCCACUUCACAACAAGGUGGAAGAAGUUUUGCUGCUGCUGCAUCAGUUUAUUGUUUGUUUUUGUUUGGUCUGUGGCAGUUUUGAUGGACCUUGAAUACUGAUUGAGGACAUCGAAAGUGAAGUGAUUGAAAUGGCAAGCUACCUGUGGAGAAAAUAUGCAGAUUAUUUGUACACAAAGUGGGAAAAAACCUUUCUUUGGGACAUGGUGGAGCCUUACAGAAGGCCCAAAUCAUUUACUCCAUUGGUCACUAUUUAUAUCGCGGCUUUCUACUCUGGAGUCAUUGGUGCUGCCAUUACUGAACAACUCUACAAGGAAAAGUACUGGGAAGAGCACCCUGGGAAAGCAGUUCCUAUCAUGUUUCCAAAGUUUUAUGGGGGUCCCUGGAGGAUCAUGGGCGGUGAUGUUCCUAAAUCUGAAUGAAAAGCUGUGAAGGCAUGUUCAUACUUGAUUAAUAUUCACUACCGCAGACAUUUUUUUUGGGGGGGGCAAAACAAUCCUUUAUUAUAUCGGAGACUUUCUCUAACUAUGUUCUCCAUGUUGCUUGCUUUUCUUCUAGCUUUUGCAAUUCUUCAUUGGUUAUUAAGAUAGGGUUUCUUUUCAGGUUAAUUAGGAACUGUGUGGACUCUUCAAAUGGGUCAACCUGAGUAGUAUGUAUGAAGUCUUCUAUUCGAACCUCGAUAUCAUUAUACAUAAAAAAGUACUAUUUAUUGGUUUAUGGGAUUAUUGGUUAUCAACAGCAAUCCUCUGAAUGUUCAUGAGCAAAA